CAGUUGUUCGCCUCCAUCGGCGGUGGCAAGUCAGUUCAGAAAGAACUCUGCGUUAGUCGAUAAUAUAAGUUUCUUCCUUGCGUGCAUCUUCCGGACGUCUUUAAAAACAAACAGAAUGCGUAUGGAGGAAGCUUCAGGGAAGUCAGAAUUUGCAAAUGUCUGAUAGGAAGGAGGUUUCUCGAUAAGAAAAGUGGCUCAGAAGAUGUUAACCUCGUAGUAAUUGAAAACAGUGCCUUAAUCUAUCGCGGCAGUAGUGAGGAUGAACUCGUGAAGCGAAUCGCUGUGGUUGUCAUUAGAAUUGCAAACAUAUUUGAAGUUGAUGAACGUUAUGACCGUUCCGCAGUAAACUUGUUGAAAACCAGGAACGCCGGAAGCAUGGUAUGGUGCCAUUAACAUAAAAAAAGUUACGAUUUGUUGAUUACCGUCGGUUACCAAUCAUCCGAUACACGUCCAGAUGACGUCGGGGUGGUGAGGUGUUUGGUGAUUCACGCUCAUCUCCUCGAGAGAGUGCAGUGGCCAGAAAUAGAACAGACUACCCCCAACUAUCGGAAGCGUCAUUUUUUUUAAAGUCAUUGUAUUACUUUGCAUCUGCGAGGCGCCGGAGGCUUGCGGUGUUUAUCACCCCUAGCGGAGCGUGAAACGAUGAGUGACAACGGAACCAAAACUGGUGUGACGCAACACGUGGAGAAUGUUACCGCUGGUUCUCCCGUCGAAGCAGCAAAGGCAACUGUUCAUCAGAAUCAGAACGGAAACGAAAAACUCACCAUUCAAUCGGGCCCUGGCGACCUGAGACAGAUAAUUCUUGACGGACUGGAGAAGAAGGGAAAUCGCGGCAUAUGGCUAUGGACACUGUUCAUCCUAUGUCUAACACCAAACAUCCUCAAUGGUUUCCACGUUUCCUCGUACGUGUUCUUGGGUCAACUUCCCGAGAACUACUACUGCGUCGUUCCAAACCUUCUGCAAAGUGGAUGGACUCACGAUGAAAUACGAAACAUCUCUACAAACAGUGGCAUCGCAAAAAAUGGAACCUGUACAAUCCUCAACUGGGACUACAACCGGCUGGCAGGGAUGAACUAUCGGGACGCACAGCAAUACCUCUCGGGGCAGCCGAAACCCAGCGAGGUGUCCUGCCUUGGUUCCCCUGGCUUCGAGCUGUACUACGAGCAGAAGCCCGGCUACUCAAUCGUGCCCGAGUGGGAUCUGAUCUGUGAACGAACCGCGCUCCGAUCGACCGUGCAGGUGGCACUAUCGAUGGGAAAGUUUGUGGGCGCCUCGACUUUUGGUGUCCUCUCGGACAAGUACGGACGGAAGAGUAGUUUCACAAUCGCUGCCACACUGUACGUGGUGGCCAGCUUGCUGACCACGUUUUCGCCCUUCUACAUCCUACUGCUGCUGGGACGAAUCGGGCUUGGAGCGUCGGCUUCCGGAGUUUUUUAUCCGGCGUUUGCAUUACUAACCGAGAACAUCGGGAAUCGGCACCGUUCCUGGAUGAGCAUCGCAUUCAAUUUCUCCUACCCGAUUGGCAUGUUGAUUCUGGCAUUGGCUGCUUAUUUGAUCCAACCAUGGCGUGAUCUCUCGCUAGCCCUGACGAUUCCAUCCUUCCUGUUGGUUAUCCAUCUCUACUUCCUCGUGGAGUCGCCCCGUUGGCUGCUCAGCAAGGGACGCGAACGGCGGGCCUAUCGGAUGGUUUUCGGCCGUAAAGCACCCCAGGAGCUGUGCGAUAGUGAGAUGGAACGUAAACCUGUGGCGGAGGAGGGAGAAGAAUCCUCGAAGCUGGCGCUGGGCGCGCGUUUGAAGCGAUCGUUCAGUGAGUUCGGGAAGCUGUACGGGACACCAACGCUUUGCCGGCGGGCUCUGAUAUGCCACUUCACGUGGUGUGUCACAUCGCUUUGUUACUAUGUAACAGCCCUCAACGCGGAUAAUUUCGCCGCUAACCGCAACAUAUACGUCGCGACAACCGGAUCCGUGGACAUAAUCGCCUAUAUACUGUCGAUAAUAGCGCUAGCCUACUUCGGCCGCAAGAGCACAUCGUUCUGUUUCUUCCUAUACGCUGGUAUUUGCUUGCUGGUGGUGCUUGCAGUGCCCAAGGAAAGUACCGCAAUCGUCGUCACGUUGGCCAUGUUAGGUCGACUGGGUAUCACAGCCGUCUAUGCGGUGGUCACGCUCCACACGGCAGAACUUUUUCCCACGGAAAUUCGAAACACGGCGCUCGGCAUCUGCUCGACGAUGGCUCACGUUGGAUCGAUUGCCGCGCCGUACAUCGUCGAUUUGCUCGGCCAACUGGCCUGGUGGAUUCCGACGACGAUCUGUGGCUUCUCAGUGCUGGCGGCUUGCGCACUCACGCUGCUCCAUCCGGAAACGAAAGACGCUGUCCUCAAGGAUCACGCCAAACAGGAAGAGAGCGAACCAGCUGGUGCAACCGAACGCGACGAGCGGUUGGAAAAAUCGUGAAUGAAAAAAAACCCGAAACAAUUGUUCAACUGACGAGAGACUGGUAACCCACUCAAAUGAUUGCAUUUUAACUGUAUGUCGACGACGAAAUAUUCAGACUAGUUUAUUUUUGUACAAUAGUUUGCUGUUAAUGGUAAUCUUGAUUAAACUUUUAUCACAGCCAUUCAA